CCCAUGGGCACAGUGCGCACUCAUAUUUACUAUACGUCGCACCGUCACUCGGUUUUGAAGGAGUCUCUGGUUAUAGAACGCAGUGACCACAGGCUUAGUUUGAACAGGAGGAGCACGUGAUGAAAUAAGUCCACUAUAAAUCUCCGCUGAUGCGCGCAAAGAAGUGCAACUCAUUUCUCAACUUUUCCACAACUAGAUGGGGUGAGGGAAUACUCGUGAAAAGUUCUGCUGCGGCAUCAAAGGUAAACACAGAUUGUUUCUUCUAGGUCGGUGAAACAGGCUACGUGUUUUUAAAUCCUAAAAUCUUUUUUCUCUUUUUACCAUUUCCCCCCUUAAUAUAUAGAGUUGGCCAAAUUACGCACGAGUUUAUAUAUUGAGAAUUCCCCUCAAACGCCAGGGCUGACGUGUAUGUAUUUAUUUGAAGAGGAUUCUGAUAUUUCUUUGGAAAACACAAUGGACAGAUUCGUACAUCACUUGAAGAUUGCAAGGGUGAUGUCAAACCCCAGCUUGCAUUGAGUGCAAAAAAGGGCACCGUUGGAAAAGUCGGCAGCACUCUGAUGCGGUGAAGGUGUGUGCGAUCCCGCAGGCUACACGUCUGUACUGCUCAGCUGUAAAUACUAGUUGUCUUUAUUCCGUACGUACGAAAAUUAUUGAACGUUGUAUUUUCUCAGAGUACUGUGACAUUGGCGGGCACAUUUCAAGAUCUGUCUGCACCUUUACGCACGCAGCGCACCCGUUUACUCUAAACUGGGAAUACUAGAUUCCAGCGAUACGCGCAGACCGAAUAACGGAUUUUCGCUCCGAGACUGCUGUAUGGAUUUUUCAGACUCUUAAAAGGGGGCUUCCGAAGAACCCCGUCCGUGAAGAUGAACUUCUCUCUCCUCAGCCUUCUCCUCACUCUGGAUUUAGCCACUGUGGCGCUCACGUUAUCCACGUGCAGCACGCUGGACAUGGAUCAAUUCAUGAAGAAGCGAAUAGAAGCCAUCCGGGGACAGAUCCUGAGCAAACUCAAGCUCACGACCCCCCCGGAGGAUUUCCCAGCGCCGGAGGAGGUUUCCCGCGACAUCGUGGCCAUCUACAACAGCACGAGGGACCUGCUGCAGGAGAAAGCCAACGAGCGCGCCGCGACCUGCGAGCGCCAACGGAGCGAGGAGGAGUACUACGCCAAGGAGGUGCACAAGAUCGACAUGCAGUCCCUGUACCCGACCGAGAAUUCCAUCCCAGCCGCGCACUACAACCCGUACUUCCGGCGGCUGACGUUUGACGUGUCCUCCAUGGAGAAGAACGCCUCCAACCUGGUGAAGGCGGAGCUCCGGGUGUUCCGCCUGCAGAAUCCCAAAGCCCGGGUGUCGGAGCAGCGCAUCGAACUCUACCAGAUCCUGGGUCACAAGGACCUGACGUCCCCCACGCAGCGCUACAUCGACAGCAAGGUGGUGCGCACGCGGACAGAGGGGGAGUGGCUCUCGUUCGACGUGACGGAGGCGGUCAGCGAAUGGCUGAAUCACCGAGACCGGAACAACGGAUUCAAGAUAAGCCUGCACUGUCCUUGCUGCACGUUUGUGGCGUCGAACAACUACAUCAUUCCCAACAAGAGCGAGGAGCUGGAGGCCCGGUUUGCAGGUAUCGACGACAGCUUCAUCCAGGGCGGGGUGCCGAGGCGGCGGCGCCACAGUGCCCACGCGCCCCACCUGCUGCUCAUGCUGCUGCCCUCCUACCGCCUGGAGUCCCAGUCCCAGCCCCAGAACAGGGGCCACCGCGCCAAGCGGGCCCUGGACGCCGCCUACUGCUCCAGGAACGUCCAGGACAACUGCUGCUUGCGGACGCUCUUCAUCGACUUCAAGAGGGACCUCGGCUGGCGGUGGAUCCACGAGCCCAAAGGCUACAACGCUAACUUCUGCGCCGGAGCGUGUCCGUACCUCUGGAGCGCCGACACCCAGCAUUCCAAGAUCCUGGGCCUCUACAACACCAUCAACCCUGAGGCGUCGGCCUCCCCCUGCUGCGUGUCCCAGGACUUGGAGCCCCUCACCAUCCUCUACUACAUUGGCAAGACCCCCAAGAUAGAGCAGCUGUCCAACAUGAUCGUCAAGUCCUGCAAGUGCAGUUAGGAACUGCUGAGGAGUGAUGCCGGCACAACCAUGAUCUGAUUUGUUUUAGUUUAGGACACACCUACAUGCAGACACGCACAUGCACACACACACACACACACACACACACACACACACACACACACACACAGACACACCACACACACACACACACACACACACACACACACACACACACACACACACACACGCGCACACACACACACACACACACACACACACACACACACACACACACACACACACACACACACACACACACACACACACACGCAUGCACACUUGCAUUCAACAGAAGAAAGGAAACACACACACCACAACAUGUAAAGACACAGAUGCACUCGCACACACAGUCAAAAAAACGACACGCAAGCACACACACACACCUACAUCGAGAUAUACAGCAUAUAUUUAGACAAAAUACAACCACGCUAUCUCUUUUUAAUGCACUAUUACACAGACACGUUUUAUCUCAACACACAAAGGCCCAGGCAUCAUGUGCAGUGUGUUUAUGGAUAUAGGUACAGAGUAUGCUGAAGCAACUCACACGGCCACACAUUCACACAAUAACACACAUACACAAACACACACACGCACUCUCUCUCUCUCUCUCUCUCUCUCUCUCUCUCUCUCUCUCUCUCUCUCUUUCUCUCUCUCCCUCUCUCUCUCUCUCUCUCUCUCUCUCUCUCUCUCUCUCUCUCUCUCUCUCUUCCAAACACACAUGCAUAACACACAUGCACACACUCCAACACAUACAGAAACACACACAGGCACACAUCCACACACACAUAACACACUCACAGGCAAUCACAUGCAAACACAACCACACACACAAACCAAACUAAACGCACACACACAGACACAGACACACACACCGAGGCCUUGCCCUUGCCUCGGUGUUUGGGAGUGGCCCUGCCAAUAUGCAUCACCUCACACAAUUGUCACACAGAAAUGCGAGAGUACGGUAAACACUGGAAGUAUAAGUGAUACGUGUCUAUAUGUGAAGACUUUCUCAGAGUAACAGAGAAAACUAGCCCCCAACCCCCGUCGCCCACUACUACACCCACACUCAAAAUCCCCCCAUGCCCCCCCGUCAUAUGAUCCACUUCACCCUGCGCCCUCGUUUGUUUGUUCGUCCUCCAUUUUGUAUCUUUUUUAUUCUAUUUUCUGAUAAUGCUAUUGCUAUUUAAUGCAAACACAUAUCUAUAUAUAGAUAUUUAUAUAUCUAUAUAUCGAUAUCGAUAUAUAAAUAGAUAUGGACCUUUAAUGGUUGGCCCCACAGGCUAAGGUAGUCUGUGUUCCCUAUCUCCACUGGUCGUGUUUUUGGGAGGUCCCAGUCCGGUUUCAACAGGAGGCAGGGCUGCAGGAUCACUGUGUCGUGUUGAUGCUAGGAGAAGAUGAUGGAAACGGAAAAAACACAAUAUCAGCUUGAUCCUGGUACUCUUGUUCUCUCUUUCCAUGGCACCGAAAACAGCGACAGGAUGAUCCUCACCCAAGUUUCCCCCUACUGUUAGCACAGCAUCACGCUACACCCCGAUCCCCGUCGGAAACACUUGUGCACUACUCUCCCCGAGGGCUCAGAAAUCAGUCCUAAGUGAAGCACACCUAAACAAACGAAAAGAAGGGAGAUCUAAGGGGAGAGAAGGAAGAUGGUACAUUACAGUGCUGGAAUUUGUCAGAUUGUGAUAGUGACGCUGACGUAAUUGGCAUUCACUGCUUGCUGUGUGUCUGGA